UUGGCGUGAUCUCCGUCUCCGGUUUGUUUUGUUCUCCAACAAAGUGAUUGAGCUGCAGAUCCCGACUCAUCAAGUGGAGGGAAGGUACCGCUUUCGCUUCUUUGUUCCUAUUCGCCAAAGCUCGCUAUCUGUUUUAACACCGCACAAUGGGCAAUGGUUAGGAAUCUUGUGGAAAUAAGGGAACAUUGCGUUUUCGUGGUAGAGCUGAUGCAGCUCAGGGGCGAUCGGCGGCCCGCUGCCGUGUCUGAAGCCUGGGGCUGAAUUUAGCUGUAGUCGACGCGGCUCUGCUAACGGAGGAAAAGGACACGCGACUCAUAAGAGCAGCGACCAAGCAACUCUCCCUCUGAUUCUCUUCUGGGAGUGCUCUCACGGGAAACACCGCCAAGAUAGCUGGACCGGACAGGAAACGGCACAGCUCAGAUCCAGACCCCUGUGGAAGCGGCUCCUGUAGUGGGAGCGAGGUGGGUGACGGCCGGCCCAUUAGUGGCAAGUGGCAGAAGAUGGCCAGCAGCAGUACAGGACCCAGUGAAACGGCCCGAAGGCGAGGUCAGAGAGGAUCUGACGACACGGCCAGCACUAGCAAGAAGAAGCAGAAGGAUAGAGCCAACCAGGAGAGCAAGGAGUCCAAGCGGGCAGCCUCGGUUACCAACACAGAGACUAGGAAAGAUUUGUUUCUCGACUGGAAACAGAGUGCAUACGAGGUGAUUGUCAGGCUGAACUGUGGAGAUGGGGUGCAGAGAGUAGAGGACAUCGACUCUGCCUUUUCUGAUACCGCCUGUCAUAUCCACAUGCCAGAUGGCCGUGAAUGGAGCUGUCACCUCCAUGAGGCGAUUGAGGCCUCCUGCAGUAAACUGCUUUAUAAGGAGAAAGCAAAUGUUCUGCAGCUUGUCAUGCACAAGAAGAUCCCCCUUAACACCUGGCCCACCCUCGCGAACAAGAAAGUAACUGAACCAGUCAACAUUCUUAAAGAGAAUGGCAGUAACCUCCACCAGUCAACCACAGGGCAGUCCGAAAAAUGUGCUGAAACCAUUGAAUCGCAGAAAACAUCCACACUGAACUCUGCCGAGCAGAAACGCGGUAAACCUGACCGAGGGUUGAAACGAGGAAUGAAAGCCAAACAGAUGGAGCACACUUACAGUUCAGGUACGAAUGCAGCUGAGCUUAAAUCAGGUGAUAAAGCAGACCUGAACAAUGAGCCCAGUGCGAAGCGCACCACACAGCCCUGCAAAAACACAAAGGAGCCCACUCAAGCCCCCAGUUCGGCAAGAGAGUCUCAAUCCAAGCCAGCAGUUAAUGGAAAUCCAAACGCAUCAGCCAAUAGCAGUGCUGUAUCGUCAUCUAGCAAUACUAAAGACAGCAAGGCUCAGCUGCUGGUCAAAGGUCAAGCAUGCCAGACAUCGCAGGAGGUAAAAGAGUUGGACAGUAGGCCAAGAAGCCAUGCUCAGGUUGAAGUAGAUGAGAGCAAGGUACUCUCCCAAUUCUGUAAUCCAAAGGUGGCACAGCAGGAGAAUUCUUCAUCUCCCAUGAGAACACACUCUUCUGGUGACGCAUGCGCUGAAAGAAUAGCAUCAGAAGAGCGAGAAAACAGAAAGGAAGAGAAGAAGCCAGAGGCUGCUGCACAGGUCCCUAAAAUGCUUCCAUCUCAUAAUUUGGUAUCUGGAGAGCCUAUCUCAACCACUGCCUCCAAGACAGAGGAUUUCCCUCAGAAAAGCUGCACAGAGGAGAAGAGAGACAAGUCCAAGGAGGAGCCACAUGGAGAAAACCAGGAAGAGGAUGCAGAAGGUCCUGAACCGAUGGUAAACCUGAAUCUUGUGAAGAAUGACUCGUAUGAGAAAGGGACUGAUCUGAUGGUUGUUAACAUCUACGUGAAAGAAAUUUGCCGGGAGACAUCCAGGGUGCUGUUCAGGGAACAAGACUUCACUCUUAUCUUCCAGACCAGUGAUCCCAAUUUUUUGCGCCUUCAUCCGAAUUGUGGACCAAACACUGUCUUUAAAUGGCAGGUUAAACUCAGGAAUCUAAUCCAGCCAGAUCAGUCCAGAUAUGCCUUUACUCCGUCCCGUAUUGACAUCACCCUGAAGAAACGACACAGUCAGCGCUGGGAAGGUCUGGAGGCCCCAGCCACACAAGUUAAAUUGAUGAAGAAGCAGGUCAUCCAAAUAAGGAGAAAUGCUGAAACUGGUGCAGUGGGGGGCGCCAAGGUUGCUGUGCCCUCCAGCCCUACCUUACAUGAAAAGAGUCAGCCAGGAAUCAGCCAGCAUGCACUUCCUGCUAAAGAAGAACCUCGGGUGGGAGAGGAGAAAGCCAAACCCCCUCGAGCUCCAGGAGACACAGGCCUGAAUGCCGUGGCCCCUCACAUGGUCCCCGACCACAUGCCCCUUAAACAGGAACCAACUGUUGCCACGCCCAAGCCGACCUGUAUGGUGCAGCCCAUGACUCACACUCCUCUUGCAUGCAGCGAGAGAGCUGAAGAAGUGGAGGAGAAGAAGGUGUGUCUCCCUGGCUUCACUGGAUUGGUUAAUCUGGGAAACACCUGCUUUAUGAACAGCGUGAUACAGUCUCUCUCCAACACACGGGAGCUCAGGGAUUACUUCCACGACCGAGCAUUUGAGUCAGAGAUUAAUUGUAAUAAUCCACUUGGUACGGGUGGUCGGCUGGCCAUUGGAUUCGCUGUUCUGCUUCGAGCCCUGUGGAAGGGUACUUACCAUGCCUUUCAACCCUCCAAAUUAAAGGCUAUAGUUGCCAGUAAAGCCAGUCAGUUUACAGGCUAUGCCCAGCAUGAUGCUCAAGAGUUCAUGGCUUUCCUGCUUGAUGGGCUUCAUGAGGACUUAAACCGCAUCCAGAUAAAGCCUUACACAGAGACAGUUGACUCAGAUGGCCGUCAGAAUGAAGUUGUUGCAGAAGAGGCAUGGCAGAGGCAUAAAAUGAGGAAUGACUCCUUCAUUGUGGACCUUUUUCAGGGCCAGUACAAAUCAAAGCUUGUGUGUCCAGUUUGCUCUAAGGUUUCCAUAACCUUUGACCCCUUCCUGUACUUGCCUGUCCCCCUUCCUCAAAAACAGAAGGUGCUGACUGUUUUCUAUUUCACUAAAGAGUGUCACAAGAAACCAAUCAAGUUUUUGGUCAGUGUAAGUAAGGAGAACUCGAGCACAGCAGAAGUACUGGAUUCGAUAUCUUGCAGUGUGAGGAUCAAACCAGAGAACCUAAGAUUGGCCGAGGUGGGAAAGGGCAGAUUCCAAAGGAUCUUCUCACCAUCUCACUCCUUAGACACUGUCACAUCCAGUGACCUGCUCUUCUGUUUUGAGGUGUUGUCAAAAGAUCUUGCCAAAGAGAGGGUGGUGCUUCUGAAGGUCCAACAGAGACCUCAGGUUCCUAGCAUACCAAUCACAAAGUGUGCUGGCUGCAUGAAGCCUCCUGCCUCAGAAGAAGAGAAGCUCAAGCGCUGUACAAGAUGCUACCGUGUGGGCUACUGCAAUCAGGUCUGCCAGAGGAACCACUGGGCCUCUCACAAGUCUUUGUGCCGGACCAAUGUAGAGAAUAUUGGACUGCCAUUUUUAAUCAGUGUGCCUGAGUCUAGGCUAACUUACACCCGUCUCACACAGCUUCUGGAAGAAUACUCUAGGUACUCUGUGAAUGUAUUCCAGCCACCUUUCCAGUCUGGUCGGACGUCCCCAGAGGCCAGCCUGACCCGUGUUGACCUGUCCUCCAUGGCGAGCAGUGUCUCUGAGUGUCAGGAGCUGGAGGAGGAGCUGUCAUCUGUGGGAGAAACAGAGAACUUAUUGCAGCAGGGUGACUCUGUCAUAACCCCUCAAACAGAGACUUUGUCCGCUCUCUCAAGAAAAGAUGGGGACACUCUCUCCACACACAUCGGUGAUUCUGGUUUCUGUGAACUUGCCACCAGCUCCCAUGAUACUUUGGUGGAGAAAGAAACAUCAUGUGAAAAGACUGUUAAACCAGAAGCUGUCGUGACUGGGUAUCAGCAGCCAUCUGGGUCUGGAAGUGGAAGUGCCUCUCAAUUCUACAUCUCGGUUUUGGAUUCAAACCAAAAGGAAGACAAAAAACUUGAGGACAAAGGUGAUGCAGUGCUGGAGCUGCCUGAUGACAGCACACUGGAGCUAGUGUGGAAGAACAACGAGAGGCUGAAAGAAUAUGUGCUGGUGCGAACUAAAGAGCUGGAGUUUGAUGAGGAUUCUGGCUCUGCAACAGAGACUGCCAGGGCAGGACAUUUCACCUUAGAGCAGUGCCUGAACCUCUUCACAAAACCUGAGGUGCUAGCCCCAGAGGAGGCAUGGUACUGUCCUAAGUGUCAGCAACACCGAGAAGCCUCUAAACAGCUGCUGCUGUGGCGUCUACCCAACGUGCUCAUCAUCCAGCUCAAACGCUUCUCGUUCAGGAGCUUUAUCUGGAGGGACAAGAUUAAUGAUAUGGUCGAUUUCCCUGUCAGAAACUUGGACCUGAGUAAGUUCUGCAUUGGUCAUAAGGAAGACAUCCAGCAGCCCCCCAUCUAUGACCUCUACGCUGUGAUUAACCACUAUGGCGGAAUGAUUGGAGGACAUUACACAGCCUACGCUCGUCUUCCCAGUGACAAGAACAGCCAGCGCAGUGAUGUUGGUUGGCGUUUGUUUGAUGACAGCACAGUGACGACAGUGGAAGAAAGUCAGGUGGUGACACGUUACGCUUAUGUGCUAUUCUACCGGCGCAGGAACUCUCCAGUAGAGAGACUGUCACGCUUGGGUCCCCUUGGUGCCGAAUGCUCUUCUGCAACUGGUGGCGCUGCCAGUCAGGCUUCUAGCCAGACACUGUUUGGGACAGACCUGGACCCAUAUGGACCCCCUCAGUUGAGCACUGAAGAGACGUCUGACAUGUUUGCACACUCUGGAGAAUGCUCCGCCCCGUCCUACAGCAACAUGGAGGAGGUGGAUUAAUGUUUGACCUUAAAGCCCAUGACAAUGAUUACCAAUGGCAGUUGGAAAAACAAAUUAAGAAAAUAAAGACAUUACUGUCACUAUUGGAUCUAGCAUGGCAAAAGUGCUCAAGUUGCACUUUCUAUUUUGUUUGCAGUUUGAACAAGAAUAAGGCUGAGCUUACAUUUACAACACUAAUUCUGUUUGGAAUUAGAAGAUUAAAUGGACUGUAUGCUCAGACUACGUACAAUGCAUUGAUGCUCAAGGUAAAGAUAAAUCAUAUAUACUGGGAGGUGCAAAUUAAAAAUACCAUCAAAAGAGGAGAGUUCUUGUUCAUGCACAGACCUGUAAGGUUUUUCCUUCUUUUUUUUUUUUUUAAGAUGUAUAUGUAAUCAUUUUAACCUUUAAAAAUUAUGCCAUUCACAAUUUCACAUGGUAGGUUUGUAAUCUAAUGUUUAUCUUGCUUGUAUUUACACAUGAAAACCCAUCAAUGAGUGCGAACAACAUGUUGAGGAUGCACAGAAGAGUUUGUUUGAAUGUUGUUAGUUUUUGUUUUCUCAUAAUCUCAUGGAAAUGUCACCACAUGUGUUACUCUGUAAGAGUCUGGAAGUGAUGUGCAACAUUUUUGCAAGUGCUGUCGUAAACAAAGUGGUGUGCGGACAAGGCAGAUUGUUUGGGGUGAUCUUUCACACUUGGGCUAUUAAUCAAUAUCCUGUUCUUUCUCCUCAGACAAUCCAGAUUUGGAAAUAGGUUUUCUUUUGUUUUAAACUAUGGUAAAUCCUGUGGAAAUGCAUACGUGAAAUGUAAUGGCUUGAUUGAGAUGCAUGUUGCACCUGCAAUAGUCCCAGUACUGCAUUACAUAUACCAUCUCUACUUUGGUUUUUCAAGUUUUUAGUGUAUUGUCUUGUUUCCCCAAUUCCUUCUGUUUUCGUAUUGGACUGUAUUGUAAGCGGGAACUGGGGGUUUGAUUGUAAGAAUGCUGAUGUGAAUAAAACAGAAAUGGUUAAUAUAAAUAAAAGG